AGCGAAACCGAAACGACUUUUUUUCCCCUCCCAUUUCUAAUUUUCCUCCCUCCAAAGCGACUGGUGGUGUGGGGCUGAUCCCGACGGGCGGGCCGCGAAUAUGCCCAAAUCCAUCCGGGAAUGCCUGGAGGAGACGCUGGAGGAUCUGACGGAGGGCGAGCUCCAAAAAUUCAAAGCCAGGCUCCACGAAUUCCCGGUCAAACAGGGCUACGACAAUAUCCCCAAAGGACGGCUGGAGAAGGCGGACGCGCUGGAUCUGAGCGACCUCCUGCUCAGCUUUUACACCGAGGAUUACGCCCCGGAGGUGGCAGCCGCGGUGCUGAGACGCUCCAACUGCAGACCGCAAGCCGAAAAACUUGUGGCUCUUUCUGGAAUUGGGAAUCAGCCUUCUAGUUCUUCUCACCAGCAUUUCAUCGACCGGUUCAGGGAGCAGCUGAUUCAGCGAACUACCACAGUGGAACAGGUGUUGGAUAAAUUGCAUGGUUCCAUCCUAAACGAAGAACAAUACCAAAAAAUCUGCUCGCGGGAAACUAAUCAGGCAAAAAUGCGAGAGCUCUAUAAGUUAGUUCCUGGCUGGGACCACCUGUGCAAAGAUCAAAUGUACAAUGCACUGGAGGCCAUAAAUCCAUUUCUCAUCAAAGACCUAGAAGGGAGAUGAAGCAACGAAGAUAGAAAAUUAAACCAUUUUCCCAGAAGCCUGGCAUUCUGACGAAUUGGCUAUUAAUGGACACUCAGACGCAAAUAACAUCUACAUACAGUGCAGAGGAGAUAAUCAAAGAGCCAAAAAAGGAACAAAAAGACCAAGACAGCUCCCUACCAGCAAUCAACAUCUAGAUGACCAUAGAUUAACAUCAAGAUUAACAAUCAAGAAGUAAACAAUAUCCUAAUCAAGGAACUGCCAAACAAGCUAACUGUAAACCAACUAAAAAACCUCCAAGACUCAUCCCCCCAACACUGACACGACAAGCCACUAGAACACGGGUGUCAAACUUGCUGCGUCACGUGACGUGUUGCAACAUAACGUGACUUUUUCCGCAUUGCCGGAGUUGGGGUAGGCUUGGCCUCCGCAUGAGGCAACCGGCUGGCAGUUUGACACCCCUGCACCAGAAUGUAAAAUGAGAGCAAAUCCCACUCCUUGUUGGCGCUGCUGAUGUCACCUUAUUUGGGUAAUGAAACAUCUGCAAGAAAACAAACAUGAAAGCACCAAGGACCCCUCACCCAAACCUAAUAAUAGAAAGAACUUAGAGUGAAGGUGCUAGUAGCUUUAUAAGUGCCUGCUCAAGAUUUGGCGUUGGAAAAUAACAGAGUUAAAAGUUUUAAUUAUUGAUUUCAUAUUUUUUUAAAAAAAGUAUUGUUCACCUUGAAAACUCUGAUCAACCCUCUAUUGCAGUCAUUGACACAGUUAAAUUGAAACAAAAAUGUUCAAGAAUUGACCUGUAUAUAAAGUGUACUUCCUUGAAA